AUGGCAGACGACAGAAAUCAAAACAUCGUCAGGUGGCUUCAAGCUUCUGCUUCAAUGGCGUCUACUGGCAACCAAGACGAGGCGGAGAGUCCAAUUUUCAGCAGGGUAGAUAAUACGUUGCCGCGGUUCGUCGAAUCUGCACCACGUUCGCAGACGGUUCAGCCACAGCGAGCGCCACGACGAGUCUAUCCGUCUUGGGUGGUGGAUGAAGCGGAGGAUGUGAUUCCGCUGGAAUCAGAUUCCGAUUUGGGCUCAGGAGCGACUCCGGCGGGAAGUGAGGAUGAAGAGGAGCAUUAUUUUGGAAUCGAGGAUGAUGAACUGGCGGACAGUAUAGCGGAGUGGCAACAUCAGAAUCACCAUGCCAAUGCUUCUACUCCGGUAAGACUAUCAAGUUCUGAUGGCGGAUUACGGAGUUCUAGCCCGGUUGCAUCGCCGCUUCCGGUGGUGUUCAUCGAUCCAGACCUGCUCGAUUGCCCGAUCUGCCUGGAACCAUUGUGCGCCCCAAUCCACCAGUGUGAGAAUGGGCACAUAGCAUGCUCCCCGUGUUGCAGGAAAUCGAACCUCAAGUGUCCUUCAUGCUUCUUCCCAAUUGGCUUCAAUCGUUGUCGAGCUAUGGAGAAAGUAAUCGAAUCAAUCACAGUAGACUGUAAAAACAAGGCGUAUGGAUGCAGAGAGUCAUUGAUUUACCACAUGAAAGCUCAACAUGAACAAGUAUGUAUCCAUACAGUAUGUUUCUGUCCUCUUUCAUCCUGCAGCUUUGCGAGUUCUUCCAAGAAUAUUUACGACCAUUUCAGCACCCAUCAUUCAUCUUCUGCUACUUCUUUCACCUUUGACACCAACUUUGAUCCUUGUCUCAGAAGAGAUCAAAAGUAUGUAAUUCUUCAAGAACGGAAUGAAGGGGUGAUCUUCAUUCUCAACCAUGAGAUUCAUGGACAUGGAAGGGUUUUCCAUGUUGAUUGCUUAGGAUCAAACUUAUUUAAGAUGGCUUUUGUGUAUCAACUUAGUGUGAGAUGCUCGGAGGCAUGUUUCUCGAUGGAGAGUGUAGCAGAGGUGUGGGCAAAGCGGGAGGAACAUACCCCUAAAAAGAACUAUCUAACCAUCCCUUCUUCUGGAUACUUGCAGUUUAACGUAGAAGUAUGCAUAAAGAAGGCUUAUCCGGUUGUAUAA